CAAGAAGUUCUCUUCCAUUGACCCAGAUCAUUGAUCAAGCUUGUCAAGAGGCUGAAGCUUACAAGGAUGCUGGAGUUGAUGGCUUGAUAGUAGAAAACAUGCAUGAUCUUCCUUACACGGUGUGUCCUGGGCCUGAAGUAACUGCAGCAAUGACAGUCAUUAGUGCUGCAGUGAGACAAACCUGUCCCCAUCUCGCGCUGGGUGUCCAGAUCCUGUGUGCUGCAAAUCAACAGGCGAUAGCAGUUGCUCUUGCUGCAGGUCUUGAUUUUAUCCGGGCUGAAGGGUUUGUGUUUUCUCAUGUUGCUGAUGAAGGGAUUAUAAAUGCCUGUGCAGGUAACCUGCUACGAUACAGAAAACAAGUUGGAGCAGAGAACAUUCAGAUUUUUGCUGAUAUUAAAAAGAAACAUAGUGCUCACACUCUGACGGCAGAUGUCAGCGUGGCCGAGACCGCUUCGGCUGCUGAGCUCUUCCUGGCUGAUGGGGUUGUACUGACUGGCACGGCUACCGGAUUGCCUGCAGAUCCUCAGGAGCUGAAAGAGGUUAAACAUGCUGUGAAGAUUCCUGUGCUGAUUGGGUCUGGAGUGACUCUGGAGAAUGUGAGGAAUUACUUGGAUGCAAACGCUCUAAUAAUUGCAAGCUCCUACAGCUUUGUACCUCUCCAGACUAGUAUUAGUGAUGUUAAAAACUGCCAGGUUCCUUCCAAUACACAAGCUGUAAUUAUGGAAACCUUUCUACCAAAGCUGACAGGAUCUUAA